UCUUUUUCUUCAAAAAAUUCACUAAACUUUUCCACUUUUUUUCACAUAAAAACUCACCACAACAUCCCACUUCCAUUCUUACAACAUUCUCUAGCUUCCCAACACAAUUUCCUUGCAUUAUUUCCCUCAUAUCCUUCAUGGAAUUCCGCAAACCAGAACCCAACAACAACAAAAGGAUGAUGAUGAUGAUGAUACAAAAAGACAAAUCACAAUCAAAAUCAACAACAACCAACACCUCCAACAACAACCCAUUUAAGAACUCUUCAUCAUUAUCAUAUGAUCAUCAAGAUGAUGUUGAUGAUCAUGGGUCUGAUCAUGAUGAUGAAGAUGAAGAAAUGAUGGGUUUUACUACAAAAAGUAUAAGUAGUAAUGAAGAUAAGAAACAAAAGAGACUAAUGAGUGGUAGAAAAUCAGGUAAUAAUGAAAGAGGAAUGCAUAUGGUUAAUUGUCAAGCAGAAAAAUGUACGGCAGAUCUGAGUGAUGCUAAACGUUACCAUCGUCGUCAUAAGGUUUGUGAGUAUCAUGCUAAGGCUCCUUCUGUUCUUGUUGCCGGAAUUCCUCAACGCUUUUGUCAACAAUGUAGCAGGUUUCAUGAGCUAGGCGAGUUUGACGAGACGAAAAGGAGUUGUAGGAGGCGGUUAGCAGGGCACAACGAGAGGCGUCGGAAAAGCUCAUCGGAGUCUCAGGGAGAAGGCGGGUCGUCAAGCCAGACAAAAGGGUCUAACCCCAACACACAGUUGGAAAGGGCAGCAAACAAAACUAAUCAGAUUUCCUAUUCUGGUGGGAAUGUGAGCUCUAUUUAUAAGCAUUUUCAGCUGACUUAAUUAAAAAUAUGGCUAAAUGUUGCUCCCUCUCUUCUGUCAUCAUUAUGACCAUCUGAUCACUGGCUGUCAUCUAAGCCACUUCUGAUCACCAAAUAUUGGAAUUAUUAAUUAUUUAAGACUUUGUAUGUAGUAAUUAAUUAAGUGUUGGAAACUGCAGGAGAAAUUUAUGCUACUUAUUAUGUAUGGAUAAUGGAUUAGAAUAUUAAUCAUCAACUAUCAAUUGCAUGCAAU